AUGGCAGACACUCUUAACUCACCGUGGAUCCACGAUUAUUUCAUCAAUGCUGCUGAAACAUAUGGCAGCAGCCUGAGCAGUGCUCCUGUCUACACGAAGUGUAAGAAAGUUCAGAUUAUUGAGUUUCUCACAUACCAAGAGUCAGAGAACGACGACUGUGUCUGGGCAAUUAUCUCUGACCGAAAUUAUUCCAUACCUGCUCGAUUUACCAAGGAUGCUCUGGACCACUAUCAGGCCCUGCAGCGCCUCUCCAGUCUGGAAGAAUAUAGUCAGGGCAUGAGACUCACUCAACAUCGAGGAGCCAUUGUCUUGAUAAAAAACUUCCGCCCUCUCUUUACGAGACGUCCUGUUGGCAAUGGGGUCAAAAAGAUGACUAAAGAGUCUACUUUAGCACUCGAUGUUGAUUAUGUUGAGAUUAUCGGAAGUGCGCAGGAACCUAUGUUCGGUUCCCCUCAGGAAUUGAAGAAUAGUAGGCUACUCGAGGAAUGGAUGGACGGUUUGCGAAAGGGCGGUGGUGAUGGGAAUGUCCUCAAAGCUCGGAAGCAACAACAGGAUGCCCAAUCUCACUCAGCUGUCGAGAAAACUGUCGAGCCCGCUCCCAUCACGUCUGAAGUUCAGAUGCCACUGAAUACAAACAACUCGCCGGUUGCAGCAAAGAUAUUGCUCAAGCCUGCAAGGCCGGUCGAUCUAACACGAGAGCACAGGAAGUCUUGGCAUGUAAACCAUAAUUCAAUUCAACUCGUACAUCUUCGCAUCUCAUUUUCCACCAAGUCCGUCAUGCAGGAUGAAAGGCUUCUAGGUCUGGAUAUGAUGGCAAUCAAAGGUCUCGCUGAUCCUAGUAAGGACUACCAUCACUGUCAUGUCAAGCGGCCAUUUAAUCAUAGAGCUUUCGUUGAAGGUCUCAUAGUCAAACAGGAGCGGCCAUUGGAAGAUGAACCCUUGGCUGAGAAGAAGGCGGGCGGCUCCUCUUCAAACAGUCGACGUGCCGACCGUGGUCCUUUGGAUUUCUCGAGCCCUACAAGAAGUCCUGUCCCGGAUCCUUCCUCCCCCCUUAUUCGACCGACAACCCCAUCUCAAUGGUCAGCUACAGCCGCAUCCGAAUCUGACGCCGAGUCUGCUGAUGAAGAGCCGGACUCUCACUCCUUAUCCUUUGCUAAACCCUCUCUUUCUUUCGGUCCGCCUUCGCCUCGUGUGCCACAGGAUGGCUCCGAGGGCAGUUCUUCUCAGCCUUCACCAAAUUCAGCAUCACGAGAACCCCUCCCCUCUUCACCUCCAAAUAGUUUCCUAUCGUCGAUCCAUGCGCCAACGCCAGCACAGAGGCAGAAGCCUGUCCUCCAUUCAUCUUCACUACCACUAUUGCCCCCUGAUCGCCGCCCUUUGACUCGUCCUGUUGAUAAAGUGACCUCGAUGCCAAACCUCUUCAUGGAUCCUGAUAGAAGGAGAGUCCCUCUGCCAAUAAUAGUGCUGCCGCGAUCGAACGGCAUCUCAGACGAACGAAGCAAAGUAUUGGUCGCCGACUCAGACACAUCAGGCAACGCUUCACAACUUCACAAUCCGUCUCAGUCUCAAAGCCAAAGCGAGUCUCAUACGAGCAAGAAGAAUAACCCGUUGGACGUAUCUGCACAGGCAUCUUCUCAGCCAGGUGGGCAUCUGCUUGUCCCCAAUGAUUCGCACGAAGUGGGUAUCGAAGGAUUGACGCGAUCCGGAGAGCGCGAGAAUUCCAAGACGAUGUCCAGCCAGGAAGUUGAGGACAGCCAUGAUGGAGAGCAAUCAUCAUUCGGAGUGCCUGGCAUAGCAGCUCCCCAACACAGACAGCCUAGUCCUAUUGCAGUGAAGGACUUGCUACCGGAUCGUGAUGACUCUAUGACGUAUUCGCGAUUGAAGAAAGCGCUUGAUCAGCGACAUACAGCAUGUAUUCCGCUCCCAAAGUCACCAGUCCCAUCUUCUUCUCUACCAGUCGCCAGUUAUAGCCAAGUGUCCGCGAGCCAGUAUCCUACACAUUCUGCCAAUUCGCACUCGCGCCGUUCUCCUAGUCAGGUGGGAGAAAGCAUCUCCAUGGACUCAAUGAACACGACGAGUAGCAAGGACGCAAUGGACGUGGACAUUACGACGCACCCUGUUACUUGUGCAGAGCUCAGCGUCCCCCCGAGGCUGACGUCCAGAACAGAGGAGCGUUCUUUGCCUAUGGUUGACAUCUUUGAGCGCGGUCAAGAUACGGCAGGCGAGAUGAAACUCUUCGUUAAGAAGCGGAAGUUGAGGGGUUUUGAGCUGGAUCUCGAACUGAAACAAGAAGAUGGCCGACCAGAACUUGUAACCUGGAAGCGUCUGUGCGGAAUCCUCUUGCGCACAGAGGGGAUGCGAAAUGGUAAUGGCUAG